UGCUUACAGAUCCACACGAGAGCGCGCAGGACCCUCACACACACUCAUUAGUACACUUGAGGAGGUGUGCUUCAGUGUUUGAGCAUUUCAUUGAGCAGAUUCCCGUUCGGAUGAGGCGCGGUUCGAGCGGAGAGAGCGGCGGCGGGCUUUGAUGAGGAUGAGGAUGAUGAAGAGCGCGAGACACCUGUGAUCACGUCCAGCGUCAGUCACUGAGAUCCCCAGGCCUUCAGUGCUAACGGUCCAGGCGUUCUCCUCCAGAGAGCAGAGGAAGCUGAUCUGGACUGGGAUCAGGUCUGUGGUGGUUAACUGUGGCACGCUUCAGGAACAGGAGGAGAAACACCAGGGUUCAGCUCCAGCAGCACUAUGACCGAUGGAGAUUACGACUAUCUGAUCAAACUCCUGGCUCUCGGGGACUCCGGAGUGGGCAAGACCACCUUUCUCUACCGCUACACCGACAAUAAGUUCAACCCCAAAUUCAUCACCACCGUGGGCAUCGAUUUCAGGGAAAAGAGAGUGGUUUAUACGACGAACAGCUCCAAUGGAACGACCGGAAAGACGUUUAAGGUUCACCUGCAGCUCUGGGACACGGCGGGACAGGAGAGAUUCAGGAGUUUGACCACGGCCUUCUUCAGGGAUGCCAUGGGUUUCCUGCUCAUGUUCGAUCUGACCAGUCAACAGAGCUUCCUCAACGUCAGGAACUGGAUGAGUCAGCUCCAGGCGAACGCGUAUUGUGAGAAUCCAGAUAUUGUUCUCGUGGGUAAUAAAGCCGAUCUGAACGACCAGAGAGAAGUCCAGGAGAAACAAGCGAAGGAACUAGCGGACAAAUAUGGAAUUCCCUACUUCGAGACGAGUGCGGCGACCGGCGCUGAGGUGGACAAAGCCGUGGUGACGCUGCUGGAUCUGGUGAUGAAGAGGAUGGAGCAGUGUGUGGACAAACCCGCGGUGGACGCACACAACACUGAUGGAAGCAGCAAACUGGACGCCGCGGCGGGAAACGAGAAGAAGUGUGCGUGUUAAAGCAGCGGCACCCAUCCGGAUGUGUUACUGAAAUGUGUGGACUAUGUGUUUUCCCCUCGGAGAGCUGUGUUACUGCCUUGUGAUCUUUAACAAACCUCGUACAGAUUUAGCCAUGAUUACUACUGUCAGCAAAUGCAUCUGAAAUGUUCAAAUAGAAUAGAGAUCUUAGGUCAGAAACUCACACUGAAACCCUGAUGCAAACGCUCAUCAUCUAAACAGAUGUACAUCAACAAGAACAGAAUUAUCUGAGGAACAUUCAUACGCUGCCAGUCGAAAGUCUGGAGUUAUUAUGAGUUUGUAAUGUUUCUGAAAGAAGCUAAUUUGAUUAAAAAUACUGUAAAAUUGUGAAAUAUUAUUACGAUUUAAAAUAUCUGUUUUCUAAGUUAAUAUCUAUUUAAGUGUAAUUUAUUUCUGUGAUGCUGCGCUGUAUUUUCAGCAUCAUUACUGCAGUCUUCAGGGUCACAUGAUCUUCAGAAUACAUCAUAUUUUCAUGAUUUCUGAAGAUCAUGUGACACUGAAGACUGGAGGAAUGAUGCUGAAAAUACAGCGCAGCAUCACAGAAAUAAAUUACACUUUAACACAGAUUCACACAGAAAACAGUUUUUUGAAACAGUAAAACUAUUUCAGAUUUUUCUCAGUGUUUUUGAUCAGAUGAAUGCGUCCUGGGUUGCUCUGGUGUGUCUAACACUACAUCUCUGUGCAUGAUGACUUGAGCUUGUGAAUGUGUGUGUGGUGUCGUGUCGCUGCAUGCGUUCACACGCGUCGAUCCUGAUCUGAAAGAAACUCAUAUCCAGUCUUCAGUUCCUCAGAAGUGCAGGUAAAGCGUGUAAAAGCACACGCUUCGGACUUCUGGACAUUUGAAAGAAAUCCCUGUGUUUUAAAGCAUCUGUGUUCAAGUAUGGAGUGAAUAAACAUUUAAGAAUCCGGCA